AUGGUCCCUCUCUUUGCGGUGGGUGCUUGUAUAGGGCUCUUGGUUGUUUUCAAGGUGGUCAGCUCAUGGCGACGACCUCCCCUUCCCCCAGGACCAAAGGGUCGGUGGCCGUUGCUGGGCAUGACUCUUGACAUGCCCACCGCAAAACCAUGGGAGACCAUGGCCAGUUGGGCGAGGGAGUAUGGUCCGCUGGUACAUUUUCGGGUCGGUCUGCAGCACUUUAUCCUCAUCAGUGAUGGACUCAUUGCUCGAGAGUUCCUUGACAAGCGGUCUGGCCAAUAUUCUUCCCGGCCUCCCUCUGAAGUGGGGGACUUAAUCAGUGGCGGCAUGAGAAGUGUGUUGAUGCCGUAUGGUAACCACUGGCGGGCAAUUCGACGCAUCUUCGCCAAUGUCUUGACAAGCAAAAAGUGUGAUUCCUACCUCAGAAUCCAGGAAGGCGAGGCUCUGGUCACAAUCUACCGCAUCCAAGAGGACCCAACCGCCUUUGCAGAAGAGAUCCACCGCUACUCGCUUUCUGUCGCCCGUAGCAUCGCCUUUGGCAAACGUGUGCAAUCAUCCGCCGAUCCGUUUGCCGUCCAAGUCAAAAAGCUGAUGGAGCAAUUCGCCGAUGCCAUGACCCCCGGCAAGUACCUCUUCGAGGCCAUUCCAAGUCUCCGCAAGCUGCCGCGCUCCAUGCAGCCCUGGUUGCCCGAACUUGAGCAAUUCCGCGACUAUGAACACACCUUCAGCCUGAUGAACUACCGCGAGGCCCUUGACUAUGCUGAGAAGCACCCGGACCGGCCGUGCAUCGCCCGGGACAUCCACAAGGAGAUGAAGGAAACCGGAGAAGUCAAUGAGCUCCAAGCCGCGACGACCUGCAUGGAGAUCUUGGGUGCGGGAUCUGACACCACGGCCAAUUCCUUGCUCUUUGUCAUUCUGGCGUGCAUUGCGCACCCCGAUGUACAGAAGAAGGCGCACGAAGAGCUCGACAGAGUCAUUGGACAAGGCCGGUUUCCGACGUGGGAGGACGAGCCGAAUUUGCCAUACAUUCGGGCGAUCAUCAAGGAGCAGCACCGAUGGAGAUCCAUUGCGCCGAUGAGUUUCUCGCACUGGUCGGACCGGGAAGACGUGUACAAUGGCUAUCGAAUCCCCAAGAACGCCGUGGUCCGGGUUAACACAUGGGCGAUCCAUCAAGACCCAGCUCGCUACCCGAAUCCCGAGACCUUCAUGCCAGAGCGCUUCCUGGACUUUAACCUCUCCGCGGCCGCGUACGCCAAUUCCCCGGAUGUGGCUGCACGCGACCACUUCAGCUACGGUGGCGGCAAGCGCAUCUGCGUGGGCCUGCACCUGGCGGAGCGGAGUCUCUUCAACAUGACGGCGCGCCUGCUGCACGCCUUCGAGAUGCUUCCCGCGCUCGACGUCAGCGGUCGCGAGAUCCCGAUCGACCCAAAUGACGUUAAGACCGCGCUCAUCAUGGCGCCUAACAAAUUCGCCGCCCAGUUCCAGCUGCGCGGCGAGAAAAUUGCAGAGACGCUAGAAAGAGAGUGGAGGGAGAAGGUGGGCGGCGUGGGGGAGAGUUGGAGUUGA